UAUUUGAUGGUAUAAGUAGCUGUAAAUUUAGCAAAAAUAAGUAUUACAUCCCACUACCCUUUAUAGUUUGCAGCCAAACCUCCUCUUCUUAAAUUUGUAGUCACCGUUGCGAUUAUUUAGAAACUCUCCACAAACAUUGUGAGGGAAAUGAUCUCACAAGUCCGAUUUUAUGGUAACGGGUUUCGAAAAGGAGAAGCCGCCAUUGUCGUUUCUUGUGGUUGAUGUCUAAAAGCAUCAGUCACAGGAUCUCAUUGUCUGCCUGUCAACUAAAUUCUUUUAUUUUCUCUCUCUUGUGAUAUUCUCAAAGAAGAAUGGGAAGGGCUCCUUGUUGUUCUAAGGUUGGGUUGCAUAGAGGUCCGUGGACUCCAAGAGAAGACACUUUGCUUACCAAAUACAUUCAAGCACAUGGUGAAGGUCACUGGAGAUCAUUGCCUAAAAAAGCUGGGCUUCUUAGGUGUGGAAAGAGUUGCAGAUUAAGAUGGAUGAACUAUCUAAGACCAGACAUAAAGAGAGGGAACAUAACUCCUGAUGAGGAAGAUCUUAUUAUCAGACUGCAUGCGCUACUUGGGAAUCGAUGGUCUCUCAUUGCAGGAAGGCUUCCGGGUCGAACCGAUAACGAGAUAAAGAAUUAUUGGAAUACCCAUCUCAGCAAAAGACUGAGAAACCAAGGAACCGACCCAAAAACCCAUAGGAAAUUAUCAGAUGAGGCAGUUAGUCAAGAUGCAAGGAAGAGAAGAAAUAGCAAAAACAAUAACCAUAGAAGGAGCCAGAAUUAUAAUAGAAAUAAAACCAAUCCAUCAGUGGAGCCACUAAAACACCAGGUCCAUCUCCCAAAGCCAAUUAGGGUUACUUCUUUCGUUGUACCAAUAAAUGAAAGUUUUAAGUUCAAUAAUUUAUCGCAUGGCGACGGAGAUGGAGAAGUGGGUACUACAGAAGUUCCUUGUUAUAGUUUCAAAGAUAGCGACAACGGAGCUGGAUUCCUUGUAGGCGAUAAUGAUGACAUAGUUAACGGAAGUGAUUUUGACUACCAAAUGUCUCAGGUAUUCACCGGUGAAAACACGUUAGAGAAGCUUUACGAAGAAUAUCUACAGAUUUUGAAGAAUGAAGAUGACCAAGUUCAGCUCGAUUCAUUUGCUGAAUCAUUGUUAAUUUGAAAAAAAAAAAAAAAACUUUUUGUGAGCUUACGCAUGUCGAUCUGUCGGUUGGGUGAAGGAAUUUAAUGCUUAGAUGAUUCUUAAUA